AUGGCCAACCACCUUUUAACCCUGAUUUUACUGACUUUCUGGAGGACUACUUUUGCGGAGGGCCGCUGUAAAACAUACCCUGGAGACGAUGCUUGGCCAUCAGACGAAGCAUGGGCAUCUCUGAAUGCGAGGGUGGAUAACCGCCUUCUCAAGCCACGUCCCCAAGCUGCCGCGUGCUACCGGGGACAGGAGUAUGAUUCAGAGCUCUGCAAAACGAUGUCGGCCAACUGGACCAACUCAUACACGCACCUUAACGACCCAAUAGAGAUGCUCUCGCCGGUGUACCAAGGCCUGACCUGUUUGCCGCCUAAUAUUUACGACUCGGGGAAUUGCACGAUGGGUGGGUUUCCGUGGUACGUUAUCAAUGCAACUUCGCCAAAACAUGUCCAAGAGGGAGUCAAGUUCGCCAAAGAUACCGGGGUCCGGCUUGUGGUGAAAAAUACAGGACAUGACUUUUCGGGCAAGUCGGGGGGUGGAGAGUCGCUCAGCAUCUGGGCGCAUUACUUGAAAGACGUAGAGUACAUUGAGGAAGUCGUUGAUCAGGUGGAGGGCUAUUCUGGCCCGGCGUUCAAGUGCGGUACCGGCGUACAGGCCUUUGAGAUCUAUGAGAUUGCACACAGAUACGGGAAGAUCGUCGUGGGAGGAGAGGGUCAGACUGUUGGGGUGAUGGGAGGAUACAUCCAAGGCGGAGGCCACUCACCAUUAAGCUCCAUCUAUGGCACAGGCGCAGACCAGGCUCUGGCGUUCGAAGUCGUGACAGCCGAUGGGGAGUUCGUGACGGCAGACCACACCCAAAACUCGGAUCUCUUCUGGGCUCUUCGUGGAGGAGGGGGGUCUACUUUUGGCGUUGCAACAUCUGUCACAGUCAAAGCAUUUCCGGAUGUACGCACGACGGCAUCCAAUUUCAAGUUCUCGACAGCAGACGGCAUUUCGAACGACACGUUUUGGGCGGGUGUGCGGAGCUACUUUGACCACUUUAUCACCAACGCAGACAGCGGCACGUAUGCAUACUUUCUCAUGCUGCCCAACAACCCCAGCCCAGGCAAUUUCCUGUUCCAAAUGACGCCAUUCUUCGCACCGAACAAGACGGCCGAAGAGGUUGAAAUGCUACUGGGCCCCUGGCUCACUACACUCAAGGACUUGGGCAUCGUAUUUGACCCGAAUAUCACCGAGUACAACUCGUUUUACCCUGCCUGGAAAGACUUUUUCCCAUUGGAGGUAGUUGAGAAAGUCAACGUACAGAGUGGCUCCCGACUCUUCCCGCGCAAAAACUUUGAAUCAGAAGAGUUAAAGCAGGCGACCUUCGACGCCAUCCGCACAUCACUGGAGACAAACCACGUCUUUGUAGGUUUCAACAUUAAGGCCACCAGCCCUGACAACCCGGAUAAUGCGGUUAAUCUUGCUUGGCGAGAAAACAUUCUCUUUGCGAUCCAGUCGGUGAGGUGGUCUGCAAACGCCACCGCCACCCAGAUUAUGGAGGCCAGGAAGGGAUUCACUUUCGGUGACAUGCAAAGGUGGAGAGAUAUCUCUCCAGGGGCAGGGUCGUAUCUUGCCGAGUCGGAUCGCAUGGAGCCGGACUUCCAGCAGGCAUUUUACGGAGACAAGUACGCGCGCCUGCUGGAAUUGAAGCGCAAAUGGGAUCCCGAGGAUGUGUUUUAUGCUGCUACUGCGGUUGGAAGCGAGUUUUGGACGGUUGAAACGGCUGAUGGGCUGCCUCAUGAGAAUGGUAGGCUGUGCCGCGUGGAGAAGUAG